UGUUGCUCUCUGUGUUGCUCUCCGUGCAAUUGCUUCUCGCAUCGUCCAAUGGCGACACUCAAUGCAUCUCUACUUCCUAAAACUUUAAUCUCCUCUUCAUCAAUAACUUCAGAAUCAAGCAUAAGGUAUUCUGUUCCAGUAUAUGCCUCCGUUUCUCGGGUUCCUCUCGUCUCUCCCUUCCAAUCCAAUUCUCUGUCUUACUUUUCUACUCGUCCUUCUUGCAACUCUUCUACGUCUCGGGCACCCGUUCGAGCCGCUCUCGAUGGAGAUUACUCGUCGAGGAGGAGCAGGAGCAGUAGCAGCAAUGAGCCUAGAGAGACUAUUUUGCUACCCGGUUGUGAUUACAAUCACUGGCUCAUCGUAAUGGAAUUUCCCAAGGAUCCUGCGCCGACGAGAGAACAGAUGAUCGAAACUUAUCUCAAUACUCUCGCUACUGUACUGGGAAGCAUGGAAGAAGCAAAGAAGAACAUGUAUGCCUUCAGUACCACCAUCUACACUGGAUUCCAGUGCACAGUAGAUGAAGAAACUUCUGAGAAAUUCAAGGGAUUGCCUGGAGUUCUUUGGGUGUUACCUGAUUCAUACAUAGAUGUGAAGAAUAAGGACUAUGGAGGUGACAAGUAUAUUAAUGGAGAGAUAAUUCCUUGCAAAUAUCCUACUUAUCAACCAAAGCAACGUGGUGGAUCGAAAUAUGAGAGCAGAAAGUAUGAGAGACGGAGGGAUGGUCCUCCCGCUGAGCGAAGAAGACCCAGACAAGGGGCAACAACCCAGUCAGAGUCGACCUCUGGAUGAGGUUACUAAUGUUUUUCUUACAAACUGUCAUGCUUAGUUAUUAAUUGGGUGCAAAGAGAGGCCAUUGUGCACAUAGUUGAACCAGAAGUUUUACAGGAUGCUGCUGCUUAAUUUUUUGUUAUGGUUAAGCAUUUGUCCAUAUAUACAUCUUGAAAGUCCUGCAGUUUAGUGUGGUACAGAGAAACAAUAUCAUAGUAUUUGGCGAAAUUAAUGCAUGGGGAUGUUUAGUUAGACUGGUUCUGACAUGGGGGAAUUCAUGGUUCUUCUGUACCAUUUUCUGUUUUAGUCUUUCAUGAUUUUUUA